AGCAGAAAGGGUGUGGAAUAAAUAUUUUGCGUGAGCAGUAGGUUACUUUAUCUUACUUGCUAGUAUCGUGAAGUAGUUAAUGAAAGGUUCGGCUUCGUUGGAUUGCUAUGUAUUCAAGUGCCGCAUUGACAGCUGAGCUAGCCAGACAGCAAGACUUCUCACCUCGCUAUUUAUCGUUAGCUUAUUUAGCUACUGUGAAUCACUCAUCACAGUUAGACAGAGAGAUGCUCGGGGCAGUAUGAAGUUGGAGCUGUCCCGUGUGGUACAGGGAUGUCGGCUGGGGGUUCUGACGGGGCUGGGCAGGACGGGACAGCAGUCACUGGAGGUCCCUGGUUGUAUGCUGUACACACGCUGUGGCACAGUACCUCAUCUAACCCAGGACACACUGCAGACCCUCGGCAGUCUACCCCCACUCACCCAGGUCACCUUAUCCACCCUAGCGGAACACCAGGAAGUGUUGGAGGAGUUUAAGCAGGGAUUCAGGAAGUUUGCAGGUCUUCAUGACACAGUUUUGUACUGCUCUCUUCAUGACCCUGCCACUCCGAGCCCUCUAGGUCACAUCACCAACAAGACUGUGUCAGUGUGGGGCAGUGGUGGGCGUAUCGAGUUAACGGUGGCCAAGUUCAUGGCGCUCCAGAAGGCCGUCCAGCCGGAUUGGUACCAGAGCAUGGCGGACGGAGAGACCUGGCCCAGUGACACCUCCCGCAAGCGGGUCCGCAAGUCGGUAGACCGCACCCUGGCCCACCUGGAUGAGUGUCUCCUCCUGCACCACAAAACACAGGAGCUGCAGGGCGUGGAGGUGUUUGGGGUGGUGGAGGGCGGAGAUGCCCUGGAGGAGAGGGUGCGCUCAGCCAGAGAGACGGCCAAGAGGCCCGUGGGGGGGUUCUGUAUGGACGGGCUGCACACUGGCUCUAUGGAACAGAACCUCAGGACCCAGCUCAUCACCGCGGUGAUCAAGGAGCUGCCUGAAGACAAGCCAAGGCUACUGCAAGGCGUGGGGCGCCCUGACGAGGUUCUGGCGUGCGUGGAGGCCGGCGUGGACCUGUUUGAGAGCUUCUUCCCCUUCCAGGUGACGGAGAGAGGCUGCGCCCUCUGCUUCGACUUCGACAUCAGCCCCGACCCUGAGAGAGCAGGUACAGCGCCCCCCUCAGUGCUGCAGCAGGAUGAGGGGAUCUCAGCAGGAGAGACCGUGGAGAGACCAGGAGACUGUGUUGGAGAGGACCAGACCCAGAUGACUCGGUUUGAGAUCAACCUGAAAGACAAGAGGUUUAGGGAGGACUUCGGGCCCCUGGUGGAGGGGUGUGGCUGCUACUGCUGCCGGAACCACCAGAGGGCGUACCUGCAUCACCUCCUGGUGACCAAUGAGCUUCUCGCCGGAGUCCUGCUCAUGCUCCACAACACGGCCCACUACUGCUCUUUCUUCUCCGCCCUGAGGGGGGCGCUAGCCAGCGGCCAGUUGGAUGCCCUCAAGAGAAGAGUACUGCGGGGGAGGAGCGGGGAGAGGAGCGGGGAGAGGAGCGGGGGGAGGAGCGGGGAGAGGAGCAGGGAUGUGGUAAAGGAUGAGGACUAGCGGAGCUGAGUUGGUGAGGGUGGAGAACAGGGAGGAGCGGGAGGGGGUGGGUGGGGGUUGAUGUGAAGAGGGCUGGUUCCUUGCAGGGAUCACCAGUCUGCUGACUGUAUUGUCAGGGCUUCACUCUAAUUGGUUCCACCUGCUCGGUCAGACCAGGAGCAUUAUCACUUGAAGGAGCGGAAAAGGUUUCAGGGUCAGAGUUUAGGCUCGGCUCUUAAAGGGGAAGAGGAGAUGAAGGAGGAGGAAGGGCGGCGAUGACACUGUCGUUUUCGCCCUUGUCAGAACCACUUCCUGAGUAUUUCCCUCCCCUUGAACUGAAGAGGACAGGUGGGAAACAGAAGAGGGAGAGGAGAGCCAAGACAGGACAUGGAGGAGAGACAGGAGAGGGAGAG